GCCUGCGCGGAGAGGGGUGACCAUAGAGUCGGUCCUCCAGAGACAGAGGGGCCGGAAGUUCUCUUCACAGAGCCGCGCGGCUGCGGCGGCGCAAAUAGGGUCAGUGGGCAGCUUGGCGUUGUUGCGAUACUAGGUCUGCGUGAGGGGUUCGGGGGUUCUGGGCAGGCAUAAUGGCGUCUCGAGCAGGCCCGCGAGCGGCCGGCACCGACGGCAGCGACUUUCAGCACCGGGAGCGCGUCGCCAUGCACUACCAGAUGAGUGUGACCCUCAAGUAUGAAAUCAAGAAGCUGAUCUACGUACAUCUGGUCAUAUGGCUGCUGCUGGUUGCCAAGAUGAGCGUGGGACACCUGAGGCUCUUGUCACAUGAUCAGGUGGCCAUGCCCUACCAGUGGGAAUACCCGUAUUUGCUGAGCAUUUUGCCCUCUCUCUUGGGCCUUCUCUCCUUUCCCCGCAACAACAUUAGCUACCUGGUGCUCUCCAUGAUCAGCAUGGGACUCUUUUCCAUCGCUCCACUCAUUUAUGGCAGCAUGGAGAUGUUCCCUGCUGCACAGCAGCUCUACCGCCAUGGCAAGGCCUACCGUUUCCUCUUUGGUUUUUCUGCUGUUUCCGUCAUGUACCUGGUGUUGGUGUUGGCAGUCCAAGUGCAUGCCUGGCAGUUAUACUACAGCAAGAAGCUCCUAGAUUCUUGGUUCACCAGCACACAGGAGAAGAAGCAUAAAUGAAGCCUCUUUGGGGUGAAGCCUGGACCUCCCAUUGAAUGAAAGGACAGUAGUACAGCAGUUCUAAAAUCUCUUCUGGUGAUUUUAGCAGCUGUGAUGUUGGUACCUGGUGCAGACCAGGCCAAAGUUCUGGAAAGCUCCUUUUGCCAUCUGCUGAGGUGGCAAAACUAUAAUUUAUUCCUGGUUGGCUAGAACUGGGUGACCAACAGCUAUGAGACAAACUUCGGCUGUUUGAAGUUGAACUUUGAGAUUUUUCUUUAAGAAUGAGCUUCAUCCUCACCUCCACUCGGUCAUUCUUCCCAUUUCCAUCCAUUACCCCUUAGCCAUUGAGACUGAAGGAAAUAGGGAAUAAAUCAAAUUACGUCAUCUCUAGGUCACGGGUCAGGAAACAUUUGGGAAGCUGCUCCCUUGGCAGACUGUGGUCUCUUCUGCAAAGCAUUUUAAUUAAAAACCUCAAUAAAGAUGGCCCUGCCCACAC